AUGGUGGACCGCGAGCAACUGGUGCAGAAAGCCCGGCUGGCCGAGCAGGCGGAGCGCUACGACGACAUGGCCGCGGCCAUGAAGAACGUGACAGAACUGAACGAUCCGCUGUCCAAUGAAGAACGAAACCUGCUCUCGGUGGCCUACAAGAACGUGGUGGGCGCCCGGCGCUCGUCCUGGCGGGUCAUCAGCAGCAUCGAGCAGAAGACCUCAGCCGACGGCAACGAGAAGAAGAUCGAGAUGGUGCGCGCCUACCGCGAGAAGAUCGAGAAGGAGCUGGAGGCCGUGUGCCAGGACGUGCUGAGCCUGCUCGACAACUACCUGAUCAAGAACUGCAGCGAGACGCAGUACGAGAGCAAAGUGUUCUACCUGAAGAUGAAGGGCGACUACUACCGCUACCUGGCCGAGGUGGCCACCGGCGAGAAGAGGGCCACCGUGGUGGAGUCGUCCGAGAAGGCCUACAGCGAGGCGCACGAGAUCAGCAAGGAGCACAUGCAGCCCACCCACCCCAUCCGGCUGGGCCUGGCGCUCAACUACUCCGUGUUCUACUACGAGAUCCAGAACGCCCCGGAGCAGGCCUGCCACCUGGCCAAGACCGCCUUCGACGACGCCAUCGCCGAGCUGGACACCCUCAACGAGGACUCCUACAAGGACUCAACCCUCAUCAUGCAGCUCCUGCGGGACAACCUAACGCUCUGGACCAGUGACCAGCAGGACGACGACGGCGGAGAAGGCAACAAUUAGA